AUGGAUCACAAUCUGGGCGAUGCUUUAAACCUGGAUAGUUCUAUGGGGGUUGAUUUUGGGAACCCAGAAGAUCCAGUUAAUCAGGUGGAUAUUUCUUUAGAACAUAGUGGCCAAGAUGCAGGAAUUCCGAUGGAGUUUGAACAUAUUGAAGUGCAGCCCAUGUUAAUGGAUACCGGCAGUGAAGAAAUCAUUGAUUUCAUCGGAGAGCAGUUUACGCUGCAAGAGUAUGCAGAACAUGAAGAUCAAAGUACUGUUAUAUCUACAUCCACUGAUGAUCCAGCGCAACAUAAUAUUCUCACCCCUCAAUCUGAUGUUAUGAUCGAAAUAGAGGCCAAACAACUGAAAACAACAAUAAAACAGGAAAAUCAACAAGGUACUUUUGCAAAGACUAUGGCAGCAAAGCCCCUACUGUCGCCAACUCGUCCUGCAGCUCCCAAAAAGUCCGAACCGGAGGUAUAUACAUCUGCUCCACGACAAAUAGCAAUAGCUCCUAAACCACCACCUUUGGCACCAGGUCCAAAGGCAUAUAUACCGGGAAAGCAAUUUGCCAUUGCACCAAAACCCUUAGCUUUGCUUACUGGAAAGAAUAAUAGUUUUCUGAAGAAAGUUACUCUUGCCGGUGUUAUGCAGGCAAAUAAUAAAGGGAACACUGUUUUGACACAAAUUGGUAAACAACUUGUAAUGAUGCCUGCUGGUGGUGCUCAGAAACUGAAACUCUUAACUACUGGAACUUCCAUGCCCUCAGUGCAAUAUAUAAAAGCCAAUACAGGAGAUCAGACACCAAUAGUCCAGGGUAAAAAUUUUGUCACGCAUCAAAAACCAGUAGUAACAAAAUUAAUACUUCAGGGUCAGCCAGAGGGAAACAAUCCACAGACUGUGCUUACAAAAGUUAAUCCUGUAGCUGGAGCAAAAUCACCAACUCGUUUUGUCACUAUGCAACAGAAAACUAUGCCUUUGUCUCUAGGAAAUAAGGUAUUACUAGCUACACCAACAAAAACUGGUGUAAAAUUUGCCAAGAAACAACAAAUAAUCGCUUUCAAGUCUCCUGAAAAGUUGUCACAAGCAGCUCAAGGUACCACAAAGAAAGUGCUUAUAACAUCCAAUCCUGCACAAAAUGUCAUAUUAAAAACAACUGCACCUUCUAAAACAACACAAAUCACUAAGGAUGGUAAUAUUGUUCUUGAUGGACAUAGGACACAAUUGCAUCAAAUUAAUGUUCCUGGUAAAGGAAUACAGUAUAUUCGGCUUAUAACAAAUUCUAACACAGCACCGGUGAAACCUAAACCUCAACAACAACAAACUAUUAAUAUACCAACGAAAACAUUUUUGCUGACAGAUUCCAAGGGUAAUUUAAUCCAGAUGACGUCAGAGAAAACACUCAGCAGCAGUCAACAGCCCCUGUUUGUAUCAAGCAAUACUGGAGAAGUAACCCAAUUGAGCUCCAAGUCCCAGCAGAAGUUAGUGAGGAUAGCUCCAUUCGUUAAUAAAUCAUUGCAGUCAAUAGUGACGAGCAGAUCGUCGCAGAGUCUGCUGGCGCCGCUGACGCCGAGGCCGGAGGAGCCGCCCAGCGCCGCGCCCCAGGAGCUCGAGGAGAUGGAGUCGAAGGCGGCGCUGCGCUCCCUCGUCGACCCCAGGCACGAGGCGCUGCACCAGCUCGAGGAGCAGAUGCAGCACCAGCCGGCGGAGCAGCCGCUGCAGCACUCGCAGCAGGGGAUGCAGCACGACACGCAGGACCCUCACGUCUCCGUCACCGAGGUCGAGGUGGAGUUCAAGCGGGACUUCUAUUCAGAUUGUGAUGACAACAACGAUAGUAUGGAGCAGCAGGAUUCGAGCGGGCGUUCAGACGAGGACCCCCUCAUUGUCAUCCCCUCCAACUACAUUAAGGAAAACGACAGCAUGAGCGAUAAUCAAUCCGCACUUGACGACUCUCGUAUGAACAGCAUAUUAAACGUGGACGCGGACGUUCUGAACUCGUAUCAAUCUCCGCACACGCCACAAGCACUCUCCGAAAGUGAUAUUGUUACAACGGAACUUGGCUUGAGGCCGAGAAAGGCGUGCAAUUGUACGAAGUCACAAUGUCUAAAGUUGUACUGCGAGUGCUUUGCAAACGGCGAGUUUUGCAAUAGAUGCAACUGCAACAAUUGCCACAAUAACCUGGAAAAUGAGGAACUCAGGCAGAAAGCAAUCAGAGGGUGUCUUGAUAGGAAUCCUAACGCUUUCAGGCCCAAAAUUGGUAAAGCGAAGCUUGGCGGUCCAGAUAUUGUGCGGAGGCAUAACAAAGGCUGUAACUGUAAACGCAGUGGCUGUCUCAAGAACUAUUGUGAAUGUUACGAGGCGAAAAUAGCGUGCACGUCGAUAUGCAAGUGCGUCGGCUGCCGUAAUGUGGAGGAGACGCUGGAGAGGGCGCGGAGACGCGCUCCCCCGCCGGCCUCUGGCGCCGCUGCCCACUCCCACUCGCACGCCGGCGCCCUCUAUCGCCCGCCGCCGCUGAUGCAGCUGAAGCAGCCGUGCAGCUUUAUGACUACGGAGGUGAUAGAGGCGGUGUGCCAGUGCCUGCUGGCGGCGGGGGGCGAGGCGCGCGAGGGGCCCGAGGCGCCGGACCCCGCGCGUGACGUCAUCGACGAGUUCGCGCGCUGCCUGCAGGACAUCAUCAGCGCGGCGCACCACUCCUCGCCGCUCUCCGUGCUCGACGAGGGUUCUGCA